AUGCCGCAGGCUCACGCGGAGGCGCACGGUCAGGCCGACCUGCAGGAAGAGCUCGUCCUGGAGAAGUAUCGCUGUAUCAUCAAUCGCCUCAGGCUAGACAUCCUUUUCUUCAUGCACUCCCUGGACGAGUUCACAGCAUUGGGCCCAGAGUCGGAGGAGAGCUGGGAGGCUCUUGUUGCCACUGCAGAGGCCCAGCUGGAGGUGUUUGCGAGCCAUGCCCUGAAGCAGCGCCUUCCCAGUGUGUCCGACAUCGUGGGGUUGCUGAACUGCCGUGAUGCCUUGGUGUCGGAGCUGAUCGAUUCAAUCCUCUAUCAGCAAGCCGUGCUCCAUGCUGAACUUGGCCGGGCACCGGCGGCUAGCGACGGCCGCAUGGCACAGCUCUCCGAGCUCGUGCGGGCGCAGUCUAGGAAGAUGGACAAACCCCCAGAGCUUUACACAGUUGCUCGACUGCCGCUUGCGGAGGAAGACGGGCCGUACGCGUAUGUCAAGAGCGCACAUGCGAUGGGCAACGAUGUAAUCUCGCAGCCGUCGUAUCUCCCCACGCGUUUCCGCGCAAUGUUCGCAGAGAUGCACACAAUGGAGAAGCAGCUGAGAAGAAUGAAGUUCGGGCAAACGAUUCAGUGGAGGAACGGCAAGCAUGUGAAGAGCGAGGAUAUUCGACAGGAGAUCACCGAGCUCUUUGAUAAGUUCUCGAAACUCGACCACGAGCUUCAGCAGAGCAAAGCUUCACGUCACACUCCUUGGGAUCAGCGCCUCGAGCUGCUUACCGCCAAGAUCGCCGAGAAGGAUUUGUCCUCUCAGACGCUUCUUAACCAGAAGACGAAGCUUGAGCACGCGCUGCAGGACGUCCGGGGCGAGACUCACAACGUCCAGAAGGAGCUCAGUGACCUGAAGGAGCGGAAUCAGAAGGUCACCAACGAGAAUCUGCCUCGACUGGCGAAGAUCAAGGUGCUGUUGCAGGAGACCUGGUCUUCGGUGGAUAGCCUCUGCGCAGAUGCAGCCAUGCUGUCGUCGAUGUUCCGCCAGCAGGUGGAGGAGCACCGUGCGGCAGUUUCGGCGAAAGACACGGUUUCUGCGGAGCUGAACAAGGUCCAGAAGUCUUUGAAGCGGCAUCGUGACGAGAUCAUGUUCAAGGAUGACGAGCUGCAGAAGAAAGAGACGCUUUAUCAGCGAACUGUCGAUGCUCGGAGAGAUAUCCACGAGAGCUAUCUUGCGCAGAAGGAUGCGAUCAAGGAUGCGGAGGAACGGCACCGGAAGCAGAACGAGGAGUGGGAGCAGCUUCUAGCGGCGGCCGAGGACCGCAAUGCGCGCCUGGACGAGCUGAGGGAGCAAAUCAACACCGCGAAUCAGCGAAUCGAUUUGCUCGAACAGCAGAAGUUGGCUUACAUGGAGGAAUUCCGGAAGAAGACCAACAAGCCCUGUGGCAUCUUCCUCGAGCAGUUCAAGAAGCCAUCGCAGCGCGUCGCAGCUUUCGCCGCGUCAGCGGGGUCUCCCCGGCACAAGCUUGACAGCAGCCUCUUUGACCCAGUGUGCCUACAGAAGCCGCGACGUCGCCAUCACCGUCAUCCCGUCGUCAGCGACAACAGCAGCACGGGCAACCUCCAUGCUCAGCCCCACGAAGCCGCACGUUCCCAGAUCGGCCAGGGCCGCCACGAGCCGCCGCCCAGGCGCCGGGAGCUGGAGGAGGACCGUUAUUGGCAGCGGAGUCGGCCCGAGAGGCGCCCCCCCAGCCCGUCCAGGAGAUCCAGAUCCAGGCCCCGUGCAGCCUCACCACCUCGACGCCGUCGUGAGCAUGAAGAACGAGGUCGGGAGCGAGGAGCAGCUCGGCGACCCAGCGGGCCCAGGCGUGACGACGAGCCCCGCGACAGCAGCUUGGGGCGGAGGCGUGCUUCCCGCUCCCACGCAAGCGGCUCGCGCCGCGGCAGCAGCCGCCAAAAGGACACGACGGAGGAUCCUCCCAUUGCGGCUGCUGAAGCUCCAGCACCAGCUACGAGUCCGACAAAGGAGGAGGCAAAGAAAGAGCCAGACGUGCAGAAGCUUGACAUCUCCCGGCGCGAUGGCUUCUCCGUGGGCCAGCGUGUGAAGGCCCGCUACCUUUCUGGCAGCUUCUACACAGCCACGAUCGAGGGCUUCUUGGCUGAGGGCAAAGUACUGCUGCAGUGGGCAGAUGGUGAUGCGAACGACCGGAAGAAGUCGCCGGAGGAGUUGGUCCCCUGCGAUGCGUCCGGGCAUCCCUUGGGCAGCGCCGCGGAGGCCGCUGCGCGCCGGGACGUCAAGGAGACAGAGGCUGCAAAGGUGGUCGCUCAGGCGCCGCCGGCACCUGCACCUCCGAAGCAGGCAGAGCUGACGCCUGCAGAGCGGGCCCAGGCGGAACGGAUCCGCGAGUUUCAGCGCCAGCGCCAGGGCGGAGAGCCAAAGGCGGCUGCCGAGUCUGCCGAGCCUGCCCCGGCAGCUGCGGCUGCAGUUCCAGCAGCGCAGAAGGAAAGCAUCAGAGCUCCGCAGGAGCCUUCGGCCGGGGAGUUACCAGCCGCAGAGCGGCAAAAACUGGAGGAACGGCUGCAAGUGCUUCGAGUGCAAUACUUCAGGCUCCAUGAGCAGAUCUCCGCAGACACCGCCUCAACGGAGAAGGAGAUGCAAGAACUGGUGCAGAGCGGCGCCGGUGAAAAGGAGCUCAUGAACUUCCGCAGUGAGCGCCUGAGCUUGCAAAGUGGCCAGCGGCUCGCAGCUUUGCAGAUCUCGAAACAGAUCAGCGAAGUGGAGCAGAAAUUGAACCCCGACCGCGGGCUCAGGAGCGAGCCAGAAUCGAACGGCACAAAGGCCAAGGAGCCAGCGGGCGGGUCACAGUCUCCACAGCCCUCGCUGCAGGAGUUGUGGGCAUCUGGAUAA